AUGUCGCCAGGAUUUUGUUCUGAGUUUCAGCUGGGCUUGCAAACUAUACUUGCAGCCGACGCAGAUCGUGAGUGCGCGCAGUACAUUUCCUCUGAAAAAAAUUCAAAUAAAAGUUUAUUUGACUUUGUAAAUAUUUCUUCUGAACUUUCUCAAGCUUCUGGUUCCAUCGAUGGGAGCUCUUCUGCCUCUGUCUCGUUCUUCUCUUCUGCUUUCGUUUCAGAAGAUGAUCGCAGCAGCAACUUGAACACAUCGCCGCCUGCAGCGCAUGCAUCUUCUCCUCCUUCUUUUGAGGGUUUCUCUGUGCCUUGUCGGAGUUUUGAUGAAAGUAUUAACGAAAAUUUAUUAAAAGAAGAGGCUCUAGACCCCCCGCACCGCCAAAUUAUUUCGCGUUUCUACCGCAUCAAGGAUAUAACUCACCCGCAUCUCUGCACAUACACCAACAUACUGCGUGCUCAGAAUCGUAUUUAUAUUGUUUCUGAACACUGGUCUCUUUCUCUUCAGGAUAUAAUCGAUGCAUGGAAUGAUGAAAGUAGAAAUGCAGCAACGGCCACACCACCGACAGCAGCAGAGAAAGCUGUAAUAUCUGCAGCGGGCGGCUCAUCAGCAGAGCGCAGCUCUUCUUCUUUUUCUUUUUCUUCUUUUUCUUCUUUUCCUUGUUUAAAAUGGGAUAUAGAGAAGUUGAAGUUUCUUUCUACUGUAACUACACAAACCCUCACAGCGUUAGCUUAUCUGAAUAGUUUAGGUUUCUAUCACGGCCGCCUGCAGCCCAGCGCCAUCCGUAUCGAUGCCCACGGCAACGUGCGUCUGAGUGAGUGGGGGCUUUCUUAUAUAACAGAUGGGGGCCGUCUCUGUGCUUCUGCUGAUAUUCUUUCUCCUUUCUGCUUUCUAGCACCAGAGCAGGUACUGGCGGGGCCCCAGGUGCUGCAACACUCACCGCUCUGUACUAAGCAUGAUGUAUGGGCCCUCGGCGCUAUCCUCCUGCAUAUACUGCAGCCCCCCUGGCCUGUCUGGUCGGCUCCCCUUCACACUCACUCAGCCAGCAGCAGCAGCAGCAGCAACAGCAGCAGCAGCAGCAGCAGCAGUGGUGGUGGCUGCUACCGCUUGAAGAGCGAUGGCAGCAGCACAUAUUCCGAGGAGGGCCCCCAUGGUGUUCCCUGGUGGGGUGGUGCUGAGAGUGGGUCUUCUUGUUCUAUGAAUAUAAACAGAGAAAAAGAAAAAGAAAAAGAAAAAGAAGAAAAAAAGAAAAAAGAAAUAAAUUUAUUAGUUUCGGUUGAGGGGGAUCUGAGAAACAUAACCCAGUUGGUUUUGUUUAGUGCCCUUGCAAUAGAUUUUCAUUUGCUGCUGCCGCUGCACCCAACAGCAGCAGAAGCAGCAGCAGCAGCAGCAGCAGAAGCAGCAGCAGGAGCAGCAGCAGGAGCAGCAGCAGGAGCAGCAGCAGCAGCAGCAGCAGAAACAAAACAGCAACUCAUAGCACCAUCAGUCUCUGCUGUCGGUACAGAGCUCUCCCGCUGGCUGCUGCAGCGCAAGCCGCUGCUUCUCUCUCUGAUGCAGAAAGCUGUUGGCUCCCCUUGCUUCAUGAUUCCUCCCCGUACAUACACCGCAGCACUAGCAGCUGCAGCUGCAGCAGAAGCUGCUGCUGCAGCUGCUGCAGCAGCUGCAGCAGCAGGAGCAGCAGCAGAAGAGCAGAAGGAGAAUAACGCCUCAGAAGAAGCUGCAGCAGCUGCUGCUGACCCGCAUCAAGGCGCCACCGGGGUCUCUCCCGCAGCAGCAGCAGCAGCAGCAGCAGCAGCAACAGCAGCAGCAGCAGCAGCAGAAGCACAAUCUACAGGAUCUCUCAAGGAGACAGAAGAGCUGCUGCUGCAGCGGUGUAUAGAAGGGCUGACGCAGUGGCUCUCUGGGGCGGAUCUCUGUCGCCAUCCACACUUUUACUAUGGGACGCUAUCCUUGCAGCAGCAGCAGCAGCAGCAACAGCAGCAACAGCAGCAGCAGCAGCAGCAGCAAACAGGGACAGAAGAGGCAGCAGCAGCAGCGGCAGCAGCAACAGGAUCAGAAGGAGCAGCAAAAGGAGCAGUUUCAAGUGCAAGUGCAGAAGCAGCAGAAGUACCAACAGAAGCAGCAGCAACAGCAGCAGCAGCAGCAGCAACAGCAGCAGCAGCAGAAGGCUGCAGCGGCGCUGCUGCAUCUUCUAGCUCUGAUUUGUGUGUUUUUAUAAAGGCCAUGGAGGAGCUGCAGCAGCUGCUGCGUUGCUGCUUAACUCUACACCCAUCAAGCAGGCCAGCAGCAGCAGAGCUGCUGUCGCUGCAGUGGCUGCAUGCUGCUGCGUCUUCUAGCUCUGAUUUGUGUGUUUUUAUAAAGGCCAUGGAGGAGCUGCAGCAGCUGCUGCGCUGCUGCUUAACUCUACACCCAUCAAGCAGGCCAGCAGCAGCAGAGCUGCUGUCGCUGCAGUGGCUGCAGCAGCAGCAGCAGCAGCAGCAGCUCUGGUGUACGCGGGGAGCUGAUGCUGUCGGCCUAGCAGCACAGCUGCGGGUGGAGGAGGAGCUGCAGCGUGUUUUAUAUAAGGAAGAAGAAGAAGACUUGGGUUACCCUUGGCUUCCCUUUUCUCGGGUGUCUCCGCAGCGCAGCUUUUUUGAUCUGCUGCUGCUGCAGCACAACAUACAGCUGGAUGAGCUCUUCUAUUGGUGGGAGCUGCAGGGGGGCGACGUGCAUACAGCUCUUGCUGCAGCAGGGGCCCUCAAGCCAGCCCCCCCUCUCUUUCGUUUGCCUCUUUGCUGUCUGCGUGCUCCUCGCAGCAGCCCGCAGCAGCAGCAACAGCAGCAGCAGCAGCAACAACAACAACAAGCGUGGGGGGAGUCUGGUGGUGGUGGUAGUGCUGCUGCUGCUGCUGCAGGAGCAGCAGCAGCAGCAGCAGCAGCAGCAGGAGAUAGAGUGCUGCAGCAGCACUUGCUGCUGCGAGUUGAACUGCUGAGUGCUUUUGCCGGCUGCUGGGGUAGAGAAGAUGAAAUAACAGACACAGAAAAAGAAAACAAAAAAAAUAAACAAAAACACAAAGAACGAGCAGCAGCAGAAGAUGCAGCAGAAUAUAAAAGAACUGUUUGCUGCUGUUGCUCCAGCAACAGCAGCAACAGCAGCAGCAGCAACAGCAGCACCAGCAGCUGCUGCAGCAGCACCUCAUACGGAUACUCCCCCGCUGCUGCAGCGGCAUCCAGAAGAACGGCCGAGAAGCAGCUGCAGCAGCAGCAGCAGCAGCAGCAGCAGCAGCAGCGGGGGGCCCCCAGCCACACAGCAGCCAGCAGCGAGAGAGAGGAAGGGGCCCCCAGUACAGGGGCCCCCCUAGAAGACAGCGGCGUUGCUGCAGCAGCACGCAACCUACAGACCCCCCAGGAGCAUCAGCCUGCAGCAACAGAAGCAGCGACAUCAGCAGCAGCAGCAGCAGCAGCAGCAGCAGCAGCAACAGCAGCAACAGCAGCAGCAGCAGAGGAAAUGGAUCUGCCUUUUUUUGUUGCUGGCUUCGCUGAGAGCAGAAGAUGGAGAGAGGUUCGGCUCUGGGAGGAACAAACCCUCACACCCAUAGGUACGCGGCGCAUGCAACUUGCAUGCGCUGCUGCUGCUGCUGCUGUUGCUGCUGCUGCUGCUGUUGCUGCUGCUGCUGCUGUUGCUGCUGCUAACAGACCACCCAGGAGCAUCAGCCUGCAGCAACAGAAGCAGCGACAGCAGCAGCAGCAGCAGCAGCAACAGCAGCAACAGCAGCAGCAGCAGCAGCAGCAGCAGAGGAAAUGGAUCUCCCUUUUUUUGUUGCUGGCUUCGCCGAGAGCAGAAGAUGGAGAGAGGUUCGGCUCUGGGAGGAACAAACCCUCACACCCAUAG